AUGGUAAAACAAAACCGUAAUCUCCUUCCCGCUCUCGGUGAGACGAGAAAAGUGUACAAAAAUUACCUCCAGAAUAAGUUGUGUGGACCAGGACCGCUUGACGUGUUCGCCAGUGUCCUCCACUACCCUCUCACCUUUUACCUCGCCUUGGGGCUGUUUGGGUUUAUCUUCAACGGAUAUUUCGUUGAUGAGGAUAUCCAGUGCUUCUCUCAAGGGGGUGGACUUACGGAGGUCAAAGGUUACGAUUUACGAGAACAAAACAUACUGCAAAUAUGUAUGGCAUUCGGGACAAUUGACGUUGCCGGAGAGAAGAAAUCAACGCUGAAUUACAAAUGGAUUCCCUUCCUCUUCGUGGUCUUAGCCGCCAUUAAUUAUGCCCCUCACAUGACCAAAAAAGUCCUCCGACACGAGAGAUUGGAGAAGUUUUUAAAAAAUGUUCACCAUCUCAGCAAGGAGGAAAUAAGAGACUAUGCCUACGAAAACAUCGGCUCACACGCUGGCCAACUCACAGGGGGGUUAAAAAUAUCCCUUGUGUGCUUGAUCUGUGACAUAGUUUCUCUUUUCCUCCUUGAUAUUGCAGCAAACAACACGUUUUUCAAUGUUAUCGCUCACGGUCCGUACUCACAAUACGCGGAUGAGUAUAACAUAUACUCCCGUGUCUUCCCGGCCUUCACCAAAUGUUCCCUCACCCCUAAGAUGGGGAUGGCCGUCCUGAACACUGAAAACUACGGUUGUUCCCUGCCCCUUAAUUACUACUAUGCACACUUAUUCAUAGUGUUGCUCGUGUUUUUCAUGUUCGUCGCCGUCUUUUCAACCUUUUCAGUUGUUGUGAAUCUCUUCCGAGUUUUACCCUUUGGCAGACAAAAGUGGGUGUCACUAGGAGGUCACUAUCUGGACUGUGAGAAGAAGAUCGCCAGCAAAUGGAACGGGGACGAACUGUAUGUGUUGAACACAAUCAAAACAAACAUUUAG